GUCACAGAGCUGCUGCUGCUGAUGAAGAUGAAGGUGUGGGUGCUGCUCUUCAUUCUCUCCUCUGUCCUCUUUGUCUCCGCUGAUCUUCUACACGAGAGUACCCGAAUCAUUGCCUGUUCAGACCAUGAUGGAGAGGAUAUGUAUACACUGGAUGAUGAAGAGACCUGGUAUGCUGACUUCAUCAACCACAGAGGAGUUGAUUGUCUUCCCGACUUUGUAAGUCAUCCAAGCUUUGAAGGACUGUAUGAUCUGGCUGUUAGUCAACAAGAGCUCUGCAAGUAUAACCUGGAGAAAAUGCGUCAGGGUAUGAAGGACAUCCCCACAGAACUCGAUGCUCCUUCCAGUCUGAUCAUCUACACUACACUAAAUGUGGAGCUCGGAGUACAAAACACUCUGAUCUGUCAUGUGACUGGUUUCUAUCCCGCUCCCAUCAACGUCACCUGGACCAAGAACGAACAUCAGGUCACUGAAGGAACCACCAUCACUGUUCCCUUCCCCAACAAAGAUGGUUCCUUCAGACAGACGUCCAGACUGGACUUCAUUCCACAGCAGGGUGACAUCUACAGCUGCACUGUGGAACAUGUGGCCCUGACCCAACCAAUGACCAGGAUCUAUGAUGUUGAGAGUGCUGAGCCCAGUGUUGGACCUUCUGUGUUUUGUGGAGUGGGUCUAGCUAUCGGUCUGCUCGGAGUGGCUGCUGGAACCUUCUUCCUCAUCAAAGGAAAUGAGUGCAGCUGAUUGGCUGGAGCUGUUAUUUUAAUAAGUCAGGUUUAGUCUGUAAUUUGAUUACACAGAACCAGAAGUUGUACUAGUAAUGAAGGAAGACACCAUUCUCUGAUAAACUGUUGCUUUUUAAUGAAUUUGUGUUUAUAAUAUAAUCAAAACAUCUGGAUAAAGACUUGUCACACAAA